UUAAAACAUAUUCAAAUUGAUACUUUUACUAUGUGAACAUGAAAAAGUUAUAUAAAGGUAACAGCUUGGGUAUAUGAUGAUUCAAGCAUAAGUUAGUGAGAACAAGUGGUGCUAGCUAACAAGUAGAGGACAAAGGCUAGAUGGGAGGUAGCAAAUAUGAGAGGAGAACUUCUCUUACAGCUCCAGGUAUUCAAUCUUAUACAUGGAGAACUGAAAGAUUUUCUCGUGUGAGAGCGACAGUACUCUAUUCAGAUGUAUUUGAAGCUGGGGGCUAUAAAUGGCGUGCAAUAAUUCACCCAAGAGGGAACAAUACGGACUAUUUGUCCAUCUAUCUGUGUACUGCAGAUUCAGCUAGUCUGCCCGACGGUUGGAGCUCAUAUGUAGAGUUUACUUUGAAAGUAGUUAAUCAAAUCGAGUAUAAGUACUCUGUGACAAAAGUUGCGAAGCACAAAUUCACUAAACUAAUAAGUGAUUGGGGUCACAAGAACGUCAUACCUCUUGGUAUAUUGUUUGAUCCUUCAAGAGGGUAUCUAGUGAAUGAUACUCUUGUAGUUGAAAUUGAAGUAACAUACAGUGAGGAUGAGAAAGACACUGCUGCGCAUUUAAGGAACGGAAUUAUGCAGGAGAGGUUGAAGAAAGACUGGGAAGUAAAAAAACUCAAAAAUAAAGAAAAGGAAGAUGCUCAACUCUACACUAUUAUAAAGGUGAUACGAGAUGAAGACCUUGCAGAACAGAUUGGAAAGGAUAUAUAUUUUAAUCUUGUAGACCAUGGGAAAGUGAGGAGUUUCUGUGUUCAAAAGCAGACAUCAUUUAACGUUUUCAAGGAAGAGGUUGCCAAAGAGUUCGGCAUACCGGCUCGAUUCCAGCGCUUUUGGCUAUGGGCAAAGCGUCUAAACCAUACAUAUCGUCCAUUUCGGCCAUUGACAUACAUUGAGGAAGCAGCACCUGUCGGGCAAUUUAGAGACGUAUUUGGUAUUCACAUAGCAGAAUUAGAAUUGUUUUUGGAAGUGGAGCGUGGGCCGGAUUUACGCCCCAUUGCACCACUCAAGAAGAGAAAGGAUGAUAUAUUACUUUUUUUCAAGUUAUAUGAUCCUGAAAGAAUGGAGCUACGUUAUGUUGGAAGGCUCCUUGUAAACUGUACUGAUAAGCCAUCACAAAUCUUAACAAAGUUAAAUAAAUUGGCUGGUUAUGAUCCUGAUGAAGAGAUUGAACUAUACGAGGAAGUGUUUGAACCAAAUGUCAAGUGUCUGCCUGUUGACAUGAAAUUAACAUUUCAAGAAAGCGAGUUAGAAAAUGGUGAUAUUAUAUGCUUUCAGAAAGCUUCUAAAAUGAAUAAAGAGAAACAUUUCCGCUAUCCUGAUGUGCGUUCAUACUUGGAAUAUGUGCACAAUCUCCAGUUUCCUUUUUCUCCAUCGGCUGAAGAAACCAAAGAUGAAGAAUCAUUGGAGGAGCAAAACAAAAACAGUUUAGCCGAAGAAACAAAUGUUGAUAAAAAUGAAGCUCAACAGUCAAAAGUGGACUUAGAGACCACUAAUGAUGAAGGUACCAGCAAAGCCAACAAUUCAAAAUUCGUCGGCAUAGACUUUGAAAAAAUUAAUGAUAUGAUACUUGAGGAGUUGAGAAUAUCAUUGCUGCAACAAACCAAUGUUGACAAAAGCGCUAAAGGUCAACCGGAAAAAGUGGACAUAGAGACCACUCACAAUGAAGGUUCCAGCAAAGCCAGCUCUUCACAAAAAAUCAGCCUAGACUUGAAAGAUAUUGAUGCUAUGAUAGGUGAGGAUGUUAUUGCUGCAAUCGACAAAGUUUUAUCCGAAGGGAAUACCAUUUCAUUACAAUUUCAGCAUUCUGUUCAAGGACAAGAAGAGGUCGCAAAACUGGAUCCCAGCCUCCCUAAGCAACUUCUUCAGGAAUUGAGGGAUAUUGCCUUUAAAGAAGACUUGGUUGAAAAAUUAAAAGAAGGUAUCUCUCCUAAAGUUAACUUCAAUACAGUCAAGGAAAAAAUUGAUGCUAAUGCUGACGCUUUCACGUCUCGUCAAUUAGAACAAGUUGGUGUUGUUGUUAACCUUCUCAACACCAUUGUGAAGGUGUUUGAGAAACUCGAAAAUUUGAAAAAAGAGCGAGCCUUAACCAAGGAAAGCACUGACCAAGAUAAUGAAGCAUUGAAGGAGACAAGACAAAAAAUAUUGACCUCGAAGACUUCCCUCACAAACCAUCAAACACAACGCAACUCUCUUGAUGCUCAAAUUGCUGAUCUUAAAGCCAAGCUUGAAAAACUACAAGGUGACAGAGCCAAAAUUGAUGAGAUUGAAGAUCAAGAGAAAGAUAAGAUCACAUCUUUUAACAAAGAAGUUAAAUCAAUUUUCCAUCGCCUUGCUAAUGAUCAAAUCAAAUUGAAAAGUGUUGAAGAUAAAAUCCCGGAGGCGCAAACUGAAUUGGAAAGUCAUGAGAAGGUCUACAGAAUCUUCAGGGCAAUCCCUCCAUUUUGAUUUGUGUAUUUGCUUGGCCUUGUUUGACUAAUCUUUCCAAUUUAAUAUUAUCAAGUAUAAUUAUUUAUGUCAAAAAAAAGUAUAAUUAU